AUUUUAAUUCUAGCACGCACAGAUUUUUGAACUAAAUAUUUCACAUACUAUAUAUAUUCGCAAGUUCCUGCAGGCUUUCUCGCAAUUUCCAACUUUCUCACAUAGCCAUAUCUUCCUACUCUCAAUAUGAAGUUCUUCAGUUACUACGCAGCGGUGUCCUCUGUGGCAAUCUCCACAACCGCAAGUCCUAUCCGAAAUCCAACCCAAUCGAUCAAUUCCUCCCAGCUCAGCAAUCACACAGCUCACUCUGGCAAGGAACACGAUUCAGCAAGGAAAUAUGAGGCCAUUUCAAUCCACGAGUUGAUGACGAAUGCUACUGCAUACAACGAAGCCUUGGCUGAUUGUGCUUGGGACCUUUCAAAAGCCAGCAACGAGACACGGGCGAAAUUUGCUAUCGGUGCAAAGCACAACGAUCGCCUUGCUUGCAGAAUCAUUCUCGCAGAUGUUCUUCCACAUAGAAGACCUCAACUCAACCACACUCGGGUCGGCAAGGGUCGUCAUUCUGUCCGUUCUUGUGCACUUGUUGACUCGUGCAAAGCAAUGGCCGAGUUGGGAGCUAUCUUCAUACCAAACACUAUAGCGCAUUUUUCAGAGCACGCAAAGCGUGAUUCCGAGAUCCAACCCUACCAGAACGCAUACAAAGACCAGGAAAGACAGCGCCUCAAUCAAUGGAAGCAAGACAUCACCAAGCGCUUCUCGAACGGUGUUCAGGAAUGCAUCACUACUGUAUCCCAUUCUUCCACCGGAACCCCCAAAUUGGACCUCGAUGGAUGUGUCAAAAACGUGACAGAUGACUAUUCCCGGGAUUUGAUCUCUGCCGAACAGGGCUCGCUCAGACUCGAUGAUCUACUGUUACCGGGACCACCUCAGAUGAAGGAUAUCUUCAACAAGGGAGGGCUUCGCAAGGAUGCAGCUGACCAUCUGGUGGACGAUCUCGCUAACUGUCGCAUUCUUGUUCUCCACGAAUUGCCUUCCCUUACAGAACACCAACCCGAGUAUUCUACCUACCCUUUCAAGCAAUGCGUCGAGGAUGCGGCUAAGGUCUAUGCCAACAAAUUGGACCUUGCCCAAGGUCCUUUCGCAAACGCAUCUCAUCGUCUUCACGCGUUGCAUAAUCGCGAAGCUAAGUUUACUGAUGUCAUAAAAGACUUUGCUGCGAAGGUGAAGAAAGUUGCGAAGAAAGUUGGGGAAUUGAUUUUAAAUGACAGAGCUGUCAACCGUAGAGAUCUCUUCAAUCAUACAGCUCCUUCAAAUCACACAGCUCUUAGCACUCGUCCCCUCACACACCACGACUCUGAUGCCAUUGAGAAGUUCAUUGAGUCCGUUAAGAAGAUGCCUUUGGAAGGGGGCUCUGAGUAA